AGAUAUCUGGACGAGUCUUUGGUCUUUCGCUGGUCCUCGGAUGCGAAGUCGUGCACUAGCUACCAAGGAAACGGACAGUUGCAUUAAAAGCGAACUAUUUUUCGUUUCCAAGGAGACGAUUAGUCCAGUCUAGACAAAUUUUUCGAAGUGAUUAGCCACCAAAUUAUUUUACGUUGUAUUUUUCGCGUCGGCCCCGUGUUACGUCGUAGUUCAGUCAAUCGGGACGUUGGCCGAGACCUUCGCCGUUAUCAACUGUGAGGUUUCGUGUGUGCACAUUUCAUUACACAACCGCUACACAGACGAAUAAAUCCGGCUUUUUUGACUUAAACUUACGAAUUUAAGUCGGAAUGUCCGCUGUGAGAGAAUGCUUUCGGCCACUGGUUGCCCUAAGAAAGUACCGUUCUCCGAAGUUGGCCAGAUACAUCUACAGGACAUACUACAGCCAGACUUCAAGAAACUUAAGCGCGUGCAAGACACAUUCUAAUGGAAAUUGGAUAAGGACAUUAUGUACCAACGCAGAGCCAAGUAUGAAAGAGGAUGUAUCUCAGGGUCCUGGACAAAAAUUUGAAUUCCAAGCAGAAACGAGAAUGCUUCUGGACAUUGUCGCUAAAUCGUUAUACUCUGAAAAAGAGGUGUUUCUAAGAGAACUAAUUUCUAAUGCAAGCGACGCACUGGAAAAAGCUAGGUAUUACAGAAUUUCGGAAGGAGCUCCACCAAAUGAUUCCGAAAUGAAAAUUACAGUCAGUACUAACAAACAGGACCGCACAAUAGUAAUAGAGGAUAAUGGUAUUGGUAUGAGCAAGGAUGAACUCAUCCGUAAUUUAGGAACAAUUGCUCGAUCUGGAUCAAAGGCUUUUAUAGAUGAGCUUAAAAAAAGAGGACAGUCAAAUCUUACCAAUACAGUUAUUGGACAAUUUGGAGUAGGGUUUUACAGUGUAUUUAUGGUAGCUGACAAAGUCGAAGUCUUUACUAAAACUAUCAAACCUGGUAGUGAAGGUCUUAAAUGGUCUUCUGAUGGUUCUGGGUCUUUUGAGAUUUCACCAGUGGAAAGAGCUGACCCAGGUACCAAAAUUGUAAUCUAUUUGAAGACUGAAAACAGAGAAUUUGCUGAUAACUCGACAGUUAAUACAAUAAUAAAGAAAUACAGCUCGUUUGUCAGCUACCCAAUCAUUCUUGAUGGCGCACAAGCAAAUACUAUACAGCCACUUUGGUUGAUGAAUCCCAGAGAAGUGUCAAUCGAGAAGCACAAGGAGUUCUAUAAAUACAUGACAAAUGCCAAUGACUCGCCAAGGUUUGUCUUACACUACAAAGUGGAUGUACCAUAUUCUAUCAAUGCCGUCUUAUAUUUCCCCGAAUCACGACCUGUAUUUUUCGACCCUGCAGUUCAUGGUGGAAUUGCUCUCUUCGCACGGAGAGUGUUAAUAAAGAAUAAAGCCGAAGAAAUUAUACCAAAAUGGUUAAGAUUCGUCCGAGGUGUUGUGGACUCUGAAGACAUUCCUUUGAAUCUAAGCAGAGAGAUUUUACAAAAUACGGCCCUGCUAAGGACUAUUAGUUCAACAAUUACAAAGAAAAUCAUUAAAUUUCUUCAAGAAAGGUCGGCAAAAGAUAAGGAAAACUAUACUCUUUUCUACCGAGAAUUUGGACUUUUUUUCAAAGAAGGGAUAAUCGCCAUGGACAACAAACAUGAUAGAGAAGAUAUUAGCAAAUUAUUACUUUAUGAGACAUCCAAAACACCUGCAGGGCAAUUAACUAGUAUCCAAGAGUAUGUGAGCAAAAUGCAAGCAGACCAAAAGAAAAUUUACUAUUUGUCAGCACCAAGUCGUUCACUCGCAAUGAAUUCUCCUUACAUGGAGGCGUUAAUUGAAAAAGACGUUGAAGUUAUUUUCUGCUAUGAGCCGUAUGACGAGUUUGUUUUAAUGCAGCUCCAUUCAGUCAACGACAUCCCUCUUUGUUCAGUUGAGGCUAGUGCAAGGUUACAUACUCCAACUGAAACGUCUUCAUCAGUUGUAGGCUCUAAUAAGGAGAACAACAUAGAUGAACUACUAACAUGGAUGAAACAGACUCUAAAGGAGAAGAUUGAAAAAGCGAUUGUCAAUAAAAGUUUAAAAAAUCAUCCAUGUAUAGUAACAGUAGAAGAGAUGGCACAUGCUCGACAGUACCUGAAGUUACAAGCGCGUGGUCUAGACGACGAUAUGAAGUACACACUAAUUAAACCACGUCUUGAGCUGAACCCAAACCAUCCACUAAUUAAUCAAGUGAAGCGACUAAUUCCAACUAAUGAAAAAUUAGCUACCCUUAUAACUGAACAGUUAUUUAAGAACGCUCUGGUGUAUGCAGGCUUACUAGAGGAUGCUCGUAAAGUGGUAGACAAUGUAAAUAAGAUAAUGGAACUUGUUCUUGAAGAGUCCCAUCGUAGUGAACCUCCUAAACAAGAGGAAAAAACAAGCAAAUAACUGUUUUUAUGAGACAGUUGUGUAUAUGUUAUGUAGUGAUCAUUGAUUUAAAUUUAUUUUUAAAAAAAAUUUUUUACCUCCUUAAAUUUGUUUUUGUUUGUAUAAAAAUACACAACAGUAUCAUCACAUUGCCAUGAAAGUGUGUGAAUAUAAAGAAGCAAUGAACGAUGUGAAAAA